AUGGUAUUAGAGCCUUCUCUUGGCUGUCUUGAGUUUCAGUUUCAAUUGUUUGUCACCGGCAAAGAACUAUGGGGCCAUAUAGAUGGAAGCGAUCAUAUUCCUACUGAUGCAACAAAGCUAGGUGAAUGGAAGAUUAAAGAUGCUCGGGUGAUGACAUGGAUUCUAGGGUCAAUUGACCCUCUUAUUGUUCUUAAUCUCAUGCCAUACAAGACAGCUAAGGCCAUAUGGGAUUACUUACAAAAGGUUUACAACCAAGAUAAUAGCGCAAGACCCUUUCAGUUAGAGUAUGAAAUUGCUAAUUACUCUCAAGGAGGUCUUUCUGUUCAGGAUUAUUUUUCUGGAUUUCAGAAUUUAUGGGCAGUUCAUGAGCAAAGCAAGCGAGACCAAUUUUUGAUGAAAUUACUCUCCGAUUUUGAGAGUGUUCGCUAUAACUUGAUGAAUUGUGACCCGUCUCCUUCUUUGGAUGUUUGCUUUAGGGAAUUACUUCGUGAAGAGCAACGUCUUGUCACACAAAAUGCUUUCAAGAAAGAAAAUGAUGUCACUGUUGCAUUUGCUGCUCAAGGUAAAGGAAAAGGACAGGGAUAUGAGUAG